AUGACGGACCUGCUGUCGCUGAAGACCAAGUUCCGGUGGACACCCGCCAUGGACGAGGCUCUGCGCCAGGUUAAAGACUGGUUCAGGAACUGUCACAUGCUGUCGUGUCUGGUACCCGACCGUCCCAUCUUCGUCCAGACAGAUGCGAAUCAGAAGGGGAUGGCUGCGGUCUUGUACCAGUUGGACGACGACGGGGUGAGAAGUGUGAUCGAGUACGCCAGCGCAAAGUUUGGCCAGGCUGAGCGGAGGUAUCAUGUGAAUGAGCAGGAGUGCCUUGCAGUGGUCUGGGCCCUGCAGCGCUACCGGCACCACAUCGAGUGA